UGGUGGUGUAGUCUUUCUAGCAGGAGAUCUUCUUUACGCUUGGUGGGUAAACCAAUCUAAUGAGCGACGUAUUAACAAAACUAUGGAAAAAGGCACUCGACCACAGUUGGCGGUGUUGGAGGAUGAGUAUGUUCCUCGGCCUGAAGUUAUAGAGCGUCUUAAGGAAAUUUUUCAACCAAAUAAAAAUCAUUCAUAUUAUCAUGCUGUUUGCGGAGAACAUGGGACUGGAAAAACGACAUUGACCAGGGUAGUGGCAAACGAAGUUGGGAAAGGUGUUAUAUACAUUGAUAUUCCUUCAAAUUUUAACAAUCUGGGUGACGAGUUUGGAAAAGCUAUCAAUUUCACUUUCGAAGAAGAUGCCUCAUUUACAAUGCAACUGAAACGAAAAAUUUUUUACGAGACUAAUGAUAAAAUUAGGAAUUCCAAGUGGGAGAGAGCUAUGGGUGCCAUUAAACGUGCCUCUGAAGCUUAUAAAGCGAAGCAUGGCAAACCGCCAGUUAUCAUUUAUGACAAUAUUAGCCGAAUAGUUAAUGAGAAUCCAAAAAUCCUAGAUAUCCUUCAAGAUGAUGCAAAGGAUAAUGCCGAUGACAGAAGAUACAUUGUCGUGUUCGUCAGUAGCGAAGGAAGUGUUCCUCGAAGAAUGCA